AGUAAAACCUGGUGAUCCUGCAGAAACACGCGCAUCGCUUGGCAACGCCGGCGUCGCCUACGCGCAGCACCGGGAGCACGUUGGUUUUCCUUCUGUUUGUUGUCGAAACAGAAAAUUAAUAUCAUGCCAGAGUCUGACGUCGACAAGUUCGACGGAAUGCUACUUGCCUUAGCUCAACAGCACGAAGGCGGAGUUCAGCAAUUACUGGACACCUUCUUCAGUUUCCUCGCAAGAAAAACAGAUUUCUACACGGGGGGUGGACCCGGCUCCGCUAAAAAGCUGAUUCUGGAGAAGUUCUCCAAGCACGAGGGACUGGCCCUGUCAGAGAAAGCCGCCAAGGAACAGAAGUCGAAGGAGGCCGAGGAGCGGCGCAAGGCCAAGAAAGCGGAGAGCAAGGAGAAGGAGGAGUGCACCGUGCAGGAGCUUACCGAGGAAGAGGCAGCGGCUCUGCAGAGGGAGUUGGACAGGGAAAAGGAGAAGGCAAAUAAAUCUACCUCACAAGAAAAAGAGGAAAGCUCAGAGAAAAGCAAGGAGGACUCGGAUGACGAAGACGAAAAGAACAAGGGAAAACUAAAGCCAAAUGCGGGAAAUGGUUGUGACCUGGAGAACUACAGGUGGACCCAGACUCUCUCCGAGAUUGAGCUCAGAGUACCCAUUCCAAGGAAUUUGAAGAUCAAGGCACGAGAUGUUGUCAUCGAUUUUGAAAAGAAGCACCUGAAAUUGGGCCUGAAAGGCUUCCCGCUGAUCAUCGACGGCGAGCUCUACAACAACAUCAAGGUGGAAGAGAGCUGUUGGAUCCUGGAAGACACAAAAACCAUCCUAGUCACAAUGGAAAAGGUCAACAAGAUGGAGUGGUGGAACCGUCUGGUCAUGACAGACCCCGAGCUGAACACCCAGAAAGUGAAUCCUGAGCCCUCAAAGUUGUCUGAUCUUGACGGAGAGACAAGAGGCAUGGUGGAGAAGAUGAUGUAUGACCAAAGGCAACGAGAGAUGGGCCUACCUACUUCUGAGGAGCAGAAGAAGCAAGAUGUCCUCAAGAAGUUUAUGGAGCAGCACCCCGAGAUGGACUUCUCCAAGUGCAAGUUCACAUGAUCGAGCUCUGUUCCCGCCAGCUGUAAUAGUGAUGCUUGUUUCUUAUAAAACUUUUCAGUGGCAAA